UUUUAUCAUCUUAUUUCUCAGUUGAAACACUUUCAACUGUACAGUUUGUGCUGAGGAAAAAUAAAUGACAGUAAUAUCAAGUACCACUCUAAGUGGUAUUUAGCCCUAAGAAAAAAUAAAUGUUUGAAUUGCUAUAUAUUUCAGAUCACAAUAACAUUAAUAACAUUCCUGCAUUUGUAUUGAGUGGUAACAACCAUUGUUGCAUAUUUUCCAAUCACUUGAGAACCUUCUGUGUUUGGUUGCUGGAAUGUUACCAUGGUCACAUUCUGUUGGGCAGAGAGUAGUGAACUGUGGAACCAGUGGCAAUCCAGGACGCGUAGGCCUGGCUUGGAACUAGGGUAUCUGAGAAUUGUGCAGUGUGUUGAAGCCACACUUGGCAUGGACCAGAAGAAUCUGAAGAAGCUGGUGGAAUCCAUCAGUACUACUGUCAAGAACUUCAAAAAAAGUGAAGUAGAGUGUCUCCUACGACUUUUUCACAGCUUGGUGGAAAGAGCUAAUGUAAGACUUAAUAACUUCGGACUAGACCGUAACGCGUUUCGAGUGAUCCUACACAACAUAUUUGGAAUGACUGAUGAUAUGCUAAUGAACAGGGUAUUUUUUGCAUUUGACAAAGACAAUGAUAACUGCAUAAAUGCGAAAGAGUGGGUUAAAGGAUUAUCAGUGUUUCUUCGAGGGACUUUUGAAGAAAAGCUUAAGUUCUGUUUUGAAGUUUACUAUUUGAAUGGUGAUGGUUACAUUUCUCGAGAAGAGAUAUUUGACAUGUUGAAGAACAGUCUACACCAACAGUCAUCUGAAGAAGAGACUGAUGAGGGAAUAAAAGAGUUGGUAGAUAUAACACUGAAGAAAAUGGAUUAUGACAACGAUGGCAAGAUAUCUUUUGCAGACUUUGAAAAAGCAGUAAAAGAAGAGAGACUUUUGUUGGAGGUGUUUGGACCAUGUUUACCAGAAGCAAAGAAUUGUAUUGAUUUUGAAGCCCUGGCAUUCAGACACAUCCUGACUUCUAGUUUUUGAAUGUGAAUCACUCAAUACUUGUAUUAAAAUCAGAAACAGA